AUGGCGUACUACCCCGACUGGGCUGGCGACGGUUUCCCUCCUGAGAAGAUCGACUUUGGCCGGUUUGACUGGAUCGAUUUCGCGUUCGCGCUUCCGGCUGAGGAUAUGUCACUUACUUGGGACGACUCGGAUAGUGCACCGACGCUGCUUGAUCGUCUUGUGGAGCAUGCGCAUACGGCGGGGAAGAAGGUCAAGCUUAGUAUCGGAGGAUGGACGGGGAGCAAGUACUUCUCGCCCUCUGUGUCGACUCCUGAGAACCGGCAGACGUUCGCGAGCAACAUCGCCGCCCUCUACGCGAAGCACAACGUCGACGGACUCGACUUCGACUGGGAGUACCCUUCCCAGCACGGUGCGGACGGCAACAUCGUCUCGCCCUCGGACACUGCCAACUUCCUCGCCUUCCUACGCAUCCUGCGCCCCAUGCUCCCCGCUGCCGCCAAACUCUCCGCCGCGGUCCUCCCCGAACCGUUCGCGGGCCCCGACGGCGAGCCCCUGGCGGACGUCAGCGCGUUCGCGGAGGUGCUCGACUGGGUGCUCAUCAUGAACUACGACGUGUGGGGUUCGAGCGCGGAACCCGGCCCGAACGCGCCCCUCGGCGACGCGUGCGGCAACUCGACGCAGCCGCACGCCAGCGCGCACGCGGCGGUCGCGCAGUGGACGGCGGCGGGCUUCCCCGCGGAUCAGCUCGUGCUCGGCCUGCCCUCGUACGGAUACGUCUCGCAGUCGAGCGCGGAGCGUCUCCGCCAGCGUGCGGUCACGCUGAAGACCGAGGACGGAGGAGAGGGGCAGAUCCAGUUCCGGGACCUCAUCAGGCAGGGCGCGUUGGCCCUCGCUGCGCCUACCACCGACCCAUCUGCGCCGGAGUACAAGGCGAAGUUCGUCGGGACGGGCGGGUACACGCGGUACUGGGACGAGUGCUCGGCCACGCCGUACUUGCGAUCGGAGAAGGCGGGGCAAGUGGUCACGUUCGACGAUCCGGAGAGCAUCGGGCUGAAGGCGGCGUUUGCCAAGGAGGCGGAGAUGCUGGGCGUGAACAUGUUCGAUGUGCAUGGGGAUACGGACCGGUGGGACUUGAUCGAUGCGGCAAGGGAUGGUCUGAAAUUGUAA